AUGGAUACAUCAGUAACUGCGGAGGACGGAAAGGGUGUGGGGGAGGACUCAUCGAGUCAUGGUUCGCAGUCGAUCGGCGAGGCAUCCCGCAAUAACUGGCUGGUGUGCACAGCGGCGUUCGCAUUUGAUCUUGAAGUCGGCCAGGCUAUGGAAUGCAUGUACCCCGCAGAGGCGUUGUCGUCUAGGGAUGCUAAGACGCUGAGCUUCUUGGCCUUUCCGGACUCUAACUUGACGAGGGCUGGCACUGAUGAUAUUUCAUGUCUCUAUAGUGUUCGAUUCCGUUGUCAAGACCGAGUAGUGUCCGAUGACUUCUACGAUGCCAAUGCCACUUCUGAUCGCUCCAGGUAUUUGUUCGCGACAUGCCUUUUUCGGCAGCAUCGGGAUGAAGAUAAUCCCAGAGGUUUCUAUCAGAAGACCAUUGCAGUUGUAUCGAGGCAUCCGUUCACAGAGCUGUGGUCUACAGUUGUAUCGGGCCCAAUGGUAGAGGCCUAUACAGCAGCGGAGCGAUGUGGUACAUGCCCGCAGGUGCUACAGCAAGUAUGGUUGGAUACCUGUAGGUGGCCCAAGCCUAAGCCGGCUAAGACGGUAACGCUACCGAUCCUAUCAACGCGACUAUCGUUUGUCAUCCCCAUCGGAGGGCCGGUGUCAUGGUUCCCUCGGAAGGUCGUCGGUUCAAGCCCCAGCAGCUCCCCACGGGGGUCCUCGGUGAUUGUGAGCUCUCCUCAAGCACCUGUGGUUGGUAGCAGGGAAAGGCUUCGGGAAAGUGUGUGUGGAGACGGAGAUAUAAGUCUAGAGAAAACCCUGGCGUAUUUGCGUACUGACUCAGGGCAGAAUGAGGGGCCGAUGAGGAAGCGAGGACUCAUCUCAGCGGUCAAGGGGCUUUCUGGUAGUAAGCCUGUCGGUUCGCGGGCGUUCUCGCUGAGUUCGUCUCUGCAGCACCACCAAGUUCCUUGGUUCUUGUACUCCGAGGUCUCGAAAUCGGGUAGCUUAUGGCCGCUUAUGAGCUCGCUGUGGCAUCUGUGGGAGAUGGCGAUAACAGGAGUUCCCAUGUUGGUGUACACUCCACGACAACUACCCUCGUCCGUCAGCAACGCCGUCUUUGCCAUCCUAUCACUCAUCCAGCCCGUCCAAUAUAGGGGUGACUAUAGACCUUACUUCACCAUCUAUGACCCUGAUUACGAAUACUAUAAGACUGCACCCAUUGGGGCGUUGCCUCCGUGCAUUCUGGGCAUAACCUCUCCUAUGGCUUUCGCUCAACUCUCACAGAACUUUCCAGUGGUCGUAGUUAUAGAUAGUGAUGAUAAGGGCGACCAGAAGACUGACGCGCCACAGCUCUCGGAUAAAGUCGUUAUACAGCAGCAAGGGGGUUCCUAUGUUGCCGUAUCGCCCCUUUUAUGCAGCUCUAGUAGUAAUACACGUACAUUGGGGAGUAAGUUGAUGGAGGUGACGGGGGCGGCAAGCGUGAUGGGUGUACUCGAUGUGCCUUCUGGAGGAGGAGGUGAAGGCGGCGGCGGCCGUCAGACGGAUGAGUAUCGAAAGGACGUUGGUAGAUGGAAGCUGGAUCUGCCGCCCAACGUGUCUGUCCUGAAGCAACUACAGGAUGUUGAUGCCAAGGAUGGACAGGAUCGACGUGCGGCGGCGUUUGCUAUAAAUGACGCCAUUCUCAAUCGACAUUUCCAAAGUCUUACUUGCUCCUUCCUGGCGCCGUUCCUCCAACCGUACCUGUCUGUGGAAAUGGCGAAGCGUAGCAUAAAGUCGUCACCUCUCUCACCCACCCCACUGUUGCCUCCUUUUGAUCUUUCGGCAUUGCUAGCAUCCCUUACGUUGGCCCCGGACUGCCCAGAACCCCUGGCGGGCCUCAGGCCGGUGAAGCUAGAGGAGUUGUAUCGGAAAUUCGUAGUGGAGUCGCCGAACUUUGCUCCGUGGAUCAGAAGUCAGCGGGAGAACGCUUUCGAGAGGAUCAUACGAUAUCAUGCUAAAAUACUCUGCGAUGAAGGGCGGGUGGCUCAGCAUGCCUCUAGCCUACGUAGCAUAGGCGACUUUGACUCCGCCAUAACAGUGCUUCGUCAAGUGCGAGAGGAUCCAUCAGUACAGCGGCUGAGUCGGGCGAGCUCUAAGCAGACGGCUGGUGGGAGUAGUGGGUCUUCGGACGAGACCCGGGGAGGGAAGUCGCCGCGGCAACAGGAUCAACUUCAAAAACGGUUAUCGGCUAUUAACCGGAUGCUGAGCGCUAUGCGUAAGGAUUUUAUACAGUCCCGCGUGCAGAUGUACUAAUGGUUACCACGAAAGUUGAAUCAUUGACUAGAAUAUAUCAAGUUGGCACCAUUUAG